AUGAAUGCUUUAAUAUUAAAUAUUUUUCUUACUUACUUUUAUAUGAUAUUUGUCCUGUUCAUUCAUUCAUCUUCAAGGAUAAAGACUCCUAAUGUGUUUCCUUUUGAAGUAACUGAACCAAAUUAUAUUCUAUUUUCUCCAAAUUUUCAAUAUAUUGAAGAUGUCGAAUGUAAAAAUGAAUGUUUUAAAUUUUUAAAUAAUAAUGAUGAUAAAAAUAAAAAAAAUAAGAAAGAAAAUUUUAACGAAACAUACAAUAGAUAUAAUAUUAUAAUUGCUAAAAUUAAAGAAAAUAUGAAUAAAUUUAAUAAUUUUAAUAAUAAUAAAAAUUAUUAUAAAAAUUAUAAUAAAAAUAAAUAUAAUAUUAAUUUUAAUGAUUAUAGUGAAACCCCAAAUUGCAGUAAUUUCAAUUUUUUUUAUAAAAAUGUAAAAAAUGAGGAUGUUGCAAACGUAAAUAAAUAUAGUAGAAAUAAAUGCAAUAAUUUUUUUAAUAAUGAUGACAUAAUAGAAAGUGCAUAUUUAUCAAAUGGAAAAAUUAUAAUGAAUGAAAUGAAAAAAAACAAUUUUAGUGGUGAAUUAAAUAGCUUUAUUUUAAUUUACGAAAUAUCUACACAUAAAAUACAGAGGUACCUCAAAAGUAUUUUUGAUAAAAAUUUGUCAAGGAGAAGAUUUAAUGAAUAUUAUGAGUACAAAAUCUAUUUAUUGAAAUGUAAAGGAAAAUCAAACGAGUUAAAAAAAGAAUCUUAUAAUAACUUAAGUAAUAAUUUAUAUAACAGUAAUGAGGAAAAAAAACACAUAUAUCAUUCGAAAAACAAGAAAAGAAAAAAGAAAAAAAAGGAAGGAAUAAUAGAUAAUCAUAAAAAUGAAAGAAAUGAAGAAUUUAUAAAAAGUAAAACAAGAAAUAAUAUAUUUUAUGAUCAAAAAUGCACUUUAUGUAUAAACAAAAAUUUAGGGAAUAAUAUGAUUUUCACAAAUAUUAUUAACAAAUGUGCAAAAUAUAAAAUAUUAUCGCUUGAAUUUAUUAUUUGUCCUAUAGAAAAAGAUGAGAAGAAAUAUUCUCUUUUAGUAAGCAAAUCUAUAUUUUCAUUAUUUAUGAAAAUUUAUCACAGAGAAAAAAAUAGUAAAAUUUUUAUCGAUGAAAAAAGAAAGAAAGAAAGCUUUUAUGAAAAUUCGCAUACUUUUGUAAAUAAAAAGACAAUAUGGGUAUUUGAUUGUUGUAAAAAAGAAGAAAUAUCGUUAAUUUUUUCUUUUGAUAUUAAGGAACAAGAUCUUGCAUUAAUUUUUCAGGAUUGUAAUUCACAUUUAAUUAAUAAUUCUGAUUAUAUUAUUAAUGAUAAAAAAAUAUAUGAAAAUGAUGAAUAUUAUAAAGAGGAUAAAUAUAUGAGAAAAGAUGAGAAUAUUUUACAAAAUUCUUAUAUAUAUGAUAAAAAUCAGGAAAUAUGUUAUAAUAAUAAUAAUGAUUAUUAUAUAGAUAAACUUAAAGACAUUUUUUUUCAAUCUUGUAAAUAUAAAAAUGAAAAAAUAUUUAAAAAAAAUAAAUAUUUUCCAAAUGUUAAUAAAAUAAAAAAUUUUCAUACAAAUAAUCAGUUAAACAGUAAACAUGAGAGAGAAACAGUAUUUUCUAUAAAUAAUGAAAAGAAAAAUUGUUCAAGUUAUGAAAAAGAGAAAAGAACUAAAAAAGAAGAGGGCAAUAAAUAUAAUUAUCAAAUUUAUUAUAAUACUUACAAACAUGUCAAUAUAAAAAGUAAAAAAAUGUGGGAUAAUUUGCAUAGUGACAUAUAUUUGAAUUAUGUGAAAGGUUUUUAUUAUUUUUACUUUUACAUAUUUCGUAGAAUAAAUAUAUAUAAAAAUUUAUUAAAUCAUAAAUACAUAAAUGAAGAACAAAAUAGCAAAUAUACAUCUAUAGAUAAACAGGUCAAUGUGAAUAAUAAAACUUCUUUGGAAAAUAGCUGCAAUUGCAAUAAAUAUAAUACAAAUUAUAAUAAUAAUUUUAAUAGUAACAAUAUUAGUAAUAAUAAUAAUUAUAAUAAUUUUAAUUGUAAUAAUGAUAAAUGUUAUAAUGGCAAUUACUAUUAUUAUAGUUACAUUAAUUACAGUAAAAAUUAUUAUAAAUAUGAAAUAAAUAAAAAUUUAGGAUUUUUUGAUGAUAUAUAUAUAAAUAAAAAACUAUUGUUUCCUGUUUUUUCGGUUCAUAAUAAAAGUUUAAUAAGAAAUAUGAAAAAAUACUUAAAGGAAGGAAUAAAAAUUUCAAUAUAUAUUGAUCAUAUGUCACCUGAAAUAUAUAAUUGUAAUAAAUAUAAAAAAAUAAAAUGGGCAUUAAUAAUAUUUUUUAUACCAGCAUGGCUAAUAAUAAAUAUUGUUUAUAUAAUAUUAGUUCAGAAAAUGUGGAGACAGAUGCUGAAUCCAUUGCAUAGAUUGCUAAUAUCACCUUCAUUGAUUCGAUUAUCCUUUUAUAUACUUCUAUUAACAUUUUGUAUGCAGUGCCCAUAUGUUAAUAGUAAUUGUGUUGAAUAUACUUUAAUGGGAUAUAUGGCUUUAAAUACUAUGUUUAGUACAAUAUUUCAUGGAAACUUACUCUUAAUUAGUAAGGGUUAUAUGAUAACUAGAGGAAAUUUUGAUAAAAAGGAAAGUAUAGGUAUAACUUUAAUUAUUAGCUCUAUUUAUAUAUUAACAUCGAUUAAUCAAGUAGAUUUAAACAGUAAUAAUUCCAUUUUAAUAUGUUUAUAUAUUACUUUAUUACUUAUAUUAGUUAUUAAUAUUUUAUCAAUUAUUAAGUUUUUAAAAUUAAAAUUAUCGUUUGUAAGAGAUGCUAGAAUUCAUGCUUGGGAAGAAUCAAUUAAUGUUAAGCUUAAUAUGUAUAAAGCCUAUUUAACUGUUGUUGUUAUUUUUUUUUGUUUUGAAAUAAUAUUGCAUAUAUUGAGUAUGUUAUUUAAAUCCUUGUCAGGCAAUUUAACAUUAGUUGAAUAUACCCUUGAAUUAGUUAUGUGGUGUUGUGUGUUAUAUAUUUUUAGAUAUAGGGGAGAUGUCUUAUAUUUUUCAUUACUUUAUGAUAAUAGCACUUUGCAUAUAUUACCUUUAUAUAUAGCUAGCACAGAUGUUUCUGAUAUCACUGAAGCAGAAAAAAAUGAAAUAUCUUUAGAUUAUAAUAAACCCAUUUUGAUUUUAAAUCCCUUUGAAUACAAUAGGAAAUAUUUUUUAUCAUGUAUCACAAUUGGAAUUCCAUAUAAUAUGGUAUACAAAAAAAUUGAUUUACAUAAUAAAUAUAAAACAAUACCAUUAUAUAAUUUUAGUAGUAUUCCCUUUAAUUAUCAUAUAGAUAACACUUUAUAUAUAUCAUAA